AUGAGUCAGCAGCAGGCUAUGGUGGCCUUAAGGGAAGCGCUAAGAGUGGAGAAGGGGGAAGGCGAGGGUCUCCUUGCGCCCAGCCUGGAGUGUUGGCUUCUGGGGGCGGCAUUCAGAGGCCAGGUCCCUGCCUUCCACUUCACAGCAUCCAUUCACUGCCUUCUUUGUGUUUUCGUGGGGACAUUUAUCCUUUUCCAGCCCAGCAAUGUCUCUCCCAUUCAGCCUGCUAUUCCCGAGGUCACUGGCAGUGGCUCAGUAAUCACACCUGCCAGCUCUUUCAGUGGGAUAUACUACGCCUGGCCAGCCCCCAGGUCAUUCUUCUUGGCCGGGAAACCGAGGAAGAGCUGCUUCAUCUUCUUCCCCUGUCCUGGGCAGCCCCAGGACAUUCUGUUCUCUCUGUGUCGCACAUUCGUAAAGGCUUGUCCACGUUCACCACAGAGUGCCUUCCCAACAUGUCGGGGGCCUUCCUUGCUUUUUCCUGGUAUCACAAGGCGUCCAUUAGAGCCGUCUUGCUGUCCUUUUGUCUGCUUGCCAUAUUGGGAGGCUGCUCAUGAAGCCAAGGAGUCAGCUCUAAAGCUGGACAUGUCAGUAGAAGAAUCAUUCUGGCAAUGUGAUGCCACCUUAAGGAGGCAUCACAACAGUGAGGAAAGAAAAAUAGCCCAAAAGAAACCUGCAAAUAAAUUGAAAGGCCGCAAAUAUAACAACUACAACAGUAGCUUCAGUCUAGGGCACAUCCCUUUUGCACAACAGACAUUAUCUGUUGGAAUGAUUCUCCAUAAAUGUGAUAAAAACAGGAAGCACUUCAGACUGUCUACAGACUUAAGAAAAUAUAAGAGAAUACAGUCAAAGAAGAUAUUUUCCAAGUAUAAUGAAUAUAUGAAAUUCUUUAAGUAUAACUCACACUUUAUUGAAAAUGGUAGGCUACAUAAUGGAGAGAAACGCUAUCAGUGUAAUGAAUGUGGGAAGGCCUUCAGCCAGAAAGCCAGUCUUACUCAACAUCAUAGAAUUCAUACUGGAGAGAAGCCAUAUGAAUGUAAUGUGUGUGGGAAGGCUUUCCGCCAGAGCACAGGCCUUAAGCAACACCGGACAGUUCAUACCGGAGAGAAACAUUAUGAAUGUAAUCAAUGUGUGAAGGCCUUCCGUCUGAGAACACAGCUUAUUCAACAUUAUAGAAUUCACACUGGAGAGAAACCAUAUGAAUGUAAUGACUGUGGGAAGACUUUCCGCCAGAGUGCGCAGCUUACUCAACACCAAACAAUUCAUACUGGAGAGAAACCUUAUGAAUGUGCUGAAUGUGGGAAAGCCUUCCGCCUGAGAACAUUGCUUAUUCAACAUCAUAAAAUUCAUAUUGGAAAGAAACCUUAUAGAUGCAGUGAGUGUGGGAAGGCCUUCCGCCUCAGUUCACAGCUUAUUCAACAUCAGACAAUUCAUACUGAAAAGAAACCUUAUGGAUGUACUAUAUGUGGAAAGGCUUUUCAUCAGAGAGCCUUACUUAUGCAACAUCAGACAAUUCACAGUGGGGAAAAGCCUUAUGAAUGUAACGAAUGUGGGAAGGCCUUCCGAAAUACCACAUGCCUUAGUCAACAUCAGACAAUCCACACUGGAGAAAAACCUUAUGAAUGUCAUGAGUGUGGGAAGGCCUUCCGACUGAGCGCAUAUCUCAUACGGCAUCAGAGAAUUCAUACUGGAGAGAAACCUUUUACAUGUAAUGACUGCGGGAAGGCCUUUACUCAUAACGCAGGACUUUCAUUGCAUAAAAGAAUUCAUGCUGGAGAGAAACCAUAUGAAUGUGAUGAAUGUGGGAAGGCCUUCAGACGAAGAUCAGGGGUUGUUGAACAUAAGAUAAUUCAUACUGGAGAGAAAACUUAUAGCUGUAAUGAAUGUGGCAAGGCUUUCCGCUGGAGAACAGGACUUAUCCAACAUCAGAGAAUUCAUACUGGAGAGAAACCUUAUAAAUGUGAUGUAUGUGGGAAGGCCUACCGUUUAAGCAAAGGACUUACUCAACAUCAGAAAAUUCACACUGGAGAAAAACAAUAUGGCUGUACUGAUUGUGGGAGUGCCUUCCGCCUGAAAAGACAACUUACUCAACAUCAAAAGCUUCACAGUGGCGAGAAGCGUUAUGAGUGUGAUCAAUGUGGGAUGGUCUUCUGCCAGAGUAGAACCCUUAUUCAACAUCAGAGAAUUCAUAGUGGAGAAAAACCUUAUGAGUGUAGUGAAUGUGGGAAAGCCUUUCGCUUGAAGACACGCCUUAAUGAACAUCAGACAGUUCACACUGGUGAAAAACGCUUU